UUUGGGCUAGCAUUAAAGAAAGGUAACUCUCGCUGACAAACAAUGUAGAAGAAAACAUCGGUCUGAUGGCAGCAGAAAAGACAUGUCAGAUCACAAUUACAGUGUUUUGUCAGCGGACAUUACAGCCAAUGAGGCGUCGUUCCCAGGAGCAGACCACAUUGACCAAACUAUCUGCCGCUUUCUGGAAGAACAGGGGGUGCCGGGGGCAACUCUUGCAGUGGCCAAGGAUGGGCGCAUUGUUUACGAACAAGGAUACGGCGUGGCUGGGGCUGGGCGCAGGAUGAGGGCAGGGCAUGUCCUGCGCGUGGCCAGCAUCAGUAAACCCAUCACUGCUAUCGCCAUUCUACGACUGUGUCAGGAUGGAAAACUGAGUCUCGACACUCCUGUCUUUGGAAUGAAAGGUGUGCUGAAAGGGUUGAAAACGCGAGGCGACAAGCGAAUACGGCGGGUGACUGUGCGACACCUGCUGCAGCACUCCGCAGGUUGGGACCGCGACGCAGUGGGAGAUGCGGUAUUUUGGAGUGGUGUCCCCUGCCCCCAAGGCCUCAGAGUGACGUCACGAAAGUACAACCGACACCUGCUGCAGUAUGUGCUGAACCGAAAACUGCAGUUUACUCCAGGCUCACGAAGCGCUUACUCGAACCUUGGCUACCUGGUGCUAGGGGAGGUCAUCGAGGCUGUCAGCGGUCAGCGCUACGAACAGUACGUGCACGCGCUGCUCGCUUCCUGUGGCGUCACGGACAUGCGCAUUGGGGAAGAGGAGCGCGCGGACUGGCAGUCAAAGGAGGCAGAAUAUUUCAACAUCCGGGGACCGUCGCAUUUGCCCAGCAUCCUGCCCGGUCAGACGGACACCCAGGUCCUACCGCAGUACGGCUCCUUCCCUAUGCGAAACACCGGGGCGUACGGAGGUUGGGUCGGGCGGGCUAGGGAUCUGCUUCAAGUGGUUCUCAGCCUAGAAGCAAGCCAGCACCAGCAGCAGCAGCAAGUGUCGAGAGAUGACUUGUGCAACAGCCUUACCCACACACCACGCCAAAGGUCAAAGGGUCGGCAAGGCUGCUGGACGCGGUCGGCAGUGAGGGCAAUGUUGGCAAGACCUGCCUACGAGGAGGGGCACGAGUGGUACGGCUUGGGGCUGGACGUGCAGAAUGAUGGCAAGACCUGGGGCCACACUGGGGCCAUGGAGGGCACGUGCGCCACCGUUCAGCGUCACCAUAGCGGGGUGGCCUGGUGUUUCCUGCUCAACGCCUGGGCGGACCCGGACCUGGACGGGGUGGUGAAGCUGGCUCUCAGCCUCCACCCGCACCUGUCGCCCUACCCUCCCGGUCUGACCAGCUGCAGCACCCAGGGUCUGCGCGUGUGCACACGGGAUGGCGCGCAGGUCAUUAUGACCCACAUCCCACCCGCCUCCGCAGCUGCGCACGUGCGGGCAAUGGAAGAGCAGGGGCUCAGCCUGACGUGGAUGGGCGUCAACGAGCUGGACCAGGAAGGCGGCGAGCGCGUGACUUUCAACUUGACCUUUUCGAAAAUGGCAGGUCAGACCAGCCGGAUGUGGCUGCUGGACGUGGAGGCGGACGAGCUGGUGAAGGUGGUGGCUCUGUGCGCCCAGGAGCACGGAGUGCAGCCAGACCUUCUCGCCACGUACGUCAGCGGGGGUCGUCUGCUGGCGCUGGUGAUCUUGGUGCAUGCAGCCAUCACGGAGGAGAGGCGGGAGGUGGUGUCCGCCGUGCGGGCAGAGGAGUACGUCCGGCUGUUGGCGCGGCGGCGAAAGUGUGGCUACGAGGUGGUCAGCCAGUGUGUCACGGAUGUCAAUGGGGACCUCCUGGUCUCGGCCAUCUUGGCAAGGACGUUGCCUUCAUCGUCGCCGGAUGGAGGAACAGCCGAUGUCAUGUGUCAAAACGCGUUGGGCAGGGAGACCUGUCAGAAAUGUUGUGUGAACGGUUCAUCAUCAUCAUCAUCAUCAUCAUCAUCAGCAGCAGCAGCAGCAGCAGCAGCAGCAGCAGCAACUUUACCAUUGCGGACUUGUCAAUGUCCAGCCCUGUCCAUGACCUUGCAAAGAAAAUACUGUGAUACAAUCGUACUCUGUGGCCUUACCACCUCCACCAUUAGAAGCAGCAGCGCCAUCAGCAGCCACAACACCGCCUGCUGCUCAUCGACGGUUGCCUCCCCUCAAGACCCUCGCCUGGGUGCAGAUGACCCCGGACAGCUUCCUGGCCGAACUGGGCCGCCAGGCUAAACGCCACUGCGGCCUCUUCGCCACGCCCACUUCUACACCUCUCGUGGGCAGUCUUUCGUCAGUGGCACGUGGUCGCCGGCCUGUCCACGUGACGUCUACCAGCGAAUGGGAGUGACGUAUCGCGGCCUGCUGCCGGCCUUGGCCGAGGCGGGGGCAGCCAAUGUUCACCUGCGGUUGUUAGGUCAGUAUAUGGAGGAUGAGAUGGUGUUCUAUGCCCUUGUCUGGGAUGUGCCCACGACAGACGAGCGUCAUCCCUCGCGGUGAUGAGACCUCGGUGAACAAAUAUUUCUGCAGGAAGGUUAACUUGUGACAGUUUAGAACGGUGAGCGGGAUUCAUGAAUGAAUGGGCGAUCUGAAGAUGGAAGAAAAAAACAGCAAAUACUGGAGAGAGAGAAACAGAGAGAAAGUAAUCGAACUCAAGCUUGCCGGGAUCCUGUUUACUACAUUUCUUGUGGCUUGUUGUGAUGUGUGUUGACUGAUAUGGGUGGCUAUCAGAUAAAAGGUGUUGUAGGCGAGUUGUGGGUCAGUUGGGCUUCCAUACUGUGUCUGUCGAACGGUCAUUAAGUCCAGAAGUGUCACUUCUUCGCUCCUCGGGUGGGCUGUAUUGACUUCUUGUUAGGCAGGAUAAUGUCCCUUGUGGGAAAGGGCGAAUGUAAAUAAAAGACAUCUAAUGAAGGUCCGAGACGGCAUUUAUGUGGCAUCACAAGGGUUUGGUCAGACAUUUAGUCGUCUACUUACAAACCUUCGAGCUACGAACUAUGGUCCUCAAGCUCAAAAGUAGUUCAUGAGGAUUGUCUUCAAUUUUAAAGUUAGUGCGUAAGGAUAGCUCGCAUGUAAUUAUAUAAACUUUAUUUCAUGUAUAUGAAGAUUGUUCAAGUACAUUAAAAACAAGUGAAAACUAUUGUAUAUAUCGGUACGUCCGAUAGCAGAGGUUGUUGUACAUGUACCAGACUGUACUUACGAACAAACGCACAGACAGCCUCCUGGAAUGGAACCUGUUCGUAAGUUGGAGACAUACUGUACAUGUAUGUUAGUGAAUUAAAAAUUUGCAUAUUGAUGUAUUGAAUCCGAAGGUUAUAGGAACCCUAUCCUUUGGAAUAAGUGGUUUGCUUAUGUAUAUUUGGACAAACAAUCCACAUCGUUCGCUCGAUCCUCAAUAACUUCCUUCAUCCGCACACUUUCGUAUACUUUGCAUACUUUCAUAUUCAGAAAGUUUGUGGAUAACAUUUGGUUUCUGACUUUUUCUCCGAAACCUCUUUAUUGCAUUUGUAUGUCAUCCAUUAUGUUAUUACCGAGAGCUGCAAAUAAAAAUCAACAGCGAAUUCGUUUUGUUCAAUAUUUUGACAUCAUUGACAUCGACAUUAUUUAUUAAUGUUACUGACAUCGUCGACAUCGUUACACACCUGUCAGUAAGUAAAGUAAGUCAGAAAGUCCAAUCCAGUCAACUCCCACAGAUAUUCUCAACCUGUGGGACUGUAUCACAUCCAUUUGACCACACUGACCACUUCCAUGUCAAUUCAAUGGCUUGAAGUAGCUCGACUUGGAAGUUGUGGAUCCUCUAAUCCUAAUCAGCUGCAAAUUAAAGGGCCAAUCCUGAGCCACCAGGAUGGAAUUGACACAUUUAAACAAAAUAAAUAAUAAAUUAACUAAAAAAUAAGUUGAAAUAGCAUAUAGUUAUUACAUGGCAGUGAAGUCCAUCAUCAUCAUCGUCAUCGUCAUCAUCACAGCUGACGUGUAUCGCAGUAUCCCAGCAAGCUGCUGACUUCUCUGUACACAUCACAAUAUCUACAAGACAAUCACCAAUGUUUACAAAAUAAUCACAGUCAAUGAAGUAAAACGAAGAGUUUAUACCCACACACCAAUGUAUUUACAAUCAUCGGGCGCACAGACCACCUGCAGACAGAAAACCAAAUACAGGGGAAGUAACGAACAUUUUGACUGGAAGAAUAAACUGUCGGUAAACCACUUUACACCAACACCGAUCAACAUUGUGUACAGGAUCAUGAGAGCAGUAUGCUUACCGGCGUGUUCCUCUCGUCCUCUGUGGUUUGAGCUUCAAAGGUUAGUAGUACAAUUUACAAAAUGACUAAUUAGUCAGCCCUUACUUUGUCAGCCACUUGUUCUACGCCACCCAUGUCGGUAUUGUCUCCCUUUUCCUGAAUACAAAAAGUACAGGUUUGGGGAAGUCUCGUGUGUGAGUGUGAGUGGUCCAUUGUCACCCAUUU